GUGUGUGUGUGUGUGUGUCAGCAGUCACUGAAUCAGAGGACGUCUGUGGUUUAAGCGUCAGAUCCCGGUUGUUUCAUCAGUCAGACGUGACGUCGUUCUCCAGCCUCCAGCGUAGAAGCGGCCGUGUGCCGGACACCAGCGGAGACGAUCACCUGUGUCUCGAUGGAGAGGUGUUGGUUUACUGCGGUAAGAUGGAGACGCUGAAGGACUUCACUCUGUACUGCUCAGACUCCUCUGCUGUCUUACUGAAGGUGGAUGGGUCCGGAGUGCCGUGGGACUUCUUCAUCAGCUCUCAGCUCCGGUCUCGACGGUGUGGUGAUGAAGCGGACGCUGAUGUCCAGAUCUGCUGUCAUGUGUUUGAGGACGGCUGCUUGACUCUCUGGAGGAUUCCUCACGGAGACACGCUUCAGGAUCUCCUGACCGAGCCCAGAGCUGGAGCCGAUGUUUCUCUGCUGGUCGUCCUGCUGCUGGAGCUGGUGAAACGGUUUCAUUUCUGUCGAGUGGUUCACGGAGGCCUGAAGCCAGACUCGCUGUACUUUUACCUGAGCGGCAUCACAGCACUCGAUUUCUCAAGCUCGGUGGAUCUGCAGCUCCAGACUGACGUCACAACAGCACAAGAUCUUCCUUCGGCUCAGAAAUACAUACAGCAGGGUCUGCUGUCGCCUUCUGCGUCGCCCUAUCAGGUGGAUCUGAUCGGUGUUGGAGAAGUCGUGCACAUGUUGCUGUUUAAUCGCCCGAUGACCGUGAAGCAGGAAAACUCGGCCUGGACUUUAGAUGAAGGAUCUGGAUCUCAGCACAGCGUUCCCGUCCAGUCUUUAUGGAAAGACUUCUUCCACAUGAUUUUGAAUCCUGGACUAAAGUGUUCAGAGCUGGUUUUGUCUGAGCUCAUCAGUAUUGUGAAGAACAGCUUAUGAAGAUAUUGUCAUGUGUAAAAUAAUAACAGCAGCAG